AUGGCGAUUACGACUAUAAUUACAGCACUGGCUAAAUUGUUGGCAUUUGGAAAACUUCAAGUUUUAUCCCACGGUAUUCCAAAAGCCGAGAGAAAUCUGAUGUUUGUUAGUUUGGCCAUGUUUAUUGUGCAACUUUUCGCGGGCGGGAAUACGGUAUGAUUUUCUAACAUAAGAAUUUUUAAUAAAAAAAUGAGAACUCUUUGUUUGUAGAUGAUAACUCGCCUGAUGAUCCACGACGAAAAUAUGACGUCAUUCUGGGCUCAACUUACCGAAACUCUUCUUCCCUUCACAAGUGAUGGUUUGACUUUGGUUCACCCGUGGAUUUUGAUUGUUUUCAGUCGAAAAGUUCGAAAUUAUAUGAUUAAAAUGUAUUUUCCGAAGUCUUGGAUGGGGAUGAAAGUAGCAACACCACAAAGAGGAUUCUGA